UGACAAAACGAUUGAAAAUAAUAGUAUGAAGGAACGGAGCGAAAAUGAUUGACGAAUAAACAGCACUACCUAAAACAACGCCCAUCGGAACUGUCAGAAAAGAGGUACCCUGUGUACAUUGCCACCACAAUUUCGCAGUUUAGUCGUGAAAAGGAAGCAGAUCGUGCCGCACUCUCGGCAGUUCACGUUCGCGUUGUAUCGCAGUGUUCGUCACAACAUUAAUCAACCUGCCGGAUUCUUAUAUUGGGAAUAUUGAUCAGUUAUCGUGUACAGCAUGGGUGUAUGCAAAAUAGCCAAAUGGUUCAAGUUGAGAUCGAGGACUUUAAGAUUGACAAACUUAAUUUAAAAAGUCAGUCCGAUAUCACAGCUGUCACAAUACCUGACGUUGCUUCGCGAAUUGUGCGCUAUGAAGAAAUUAUUUUCGUUCAAAUGGGCCAAAAAAACAGCUGCGCGAUCGGACAGAGGCGUACAGUCCACGUCGCAAGGCAACAAUGAAUAUUACCGAAACAUAUUACAACAAUUUACAAGUAGCUGUCACACACCGAAUGGGGACAUCAACGACCCGGGCUGGGUGAUUUAUCGUCCUAAAGAGCAAUACGCCGAACCGUCAUCUAAAAAAAGCAAUGGAAAAUCACAGGAACAAGCGCAGCUUAUACCAGGUGUGCCGUAUAUACGGGCUUCUGAAAUAUUCGAGAUCGGAAGUGUGGUGGGCACUGAGAGUCAAUUUCUCGAGUUAGUAUCUGCAGAAUGGCACAAUAUGAAGGUGACACUAAAGAGAAAUAUAUUUCCAUCAUGCCACGAUGCAAUAAAGAGAGAAGUAGAAGUUCUCAGAGAAAUUCGCCAUCCUAAUAUAUUGUUAUUGAUGGGCACAACACAUACAAAUGCGCAUAAUCUUGUUUCCAUCUUCGAAUCUGUCGAUUGCACAUUAUAUAGUUAUAUACAUGAGCGAGGCGAACGAAUAAAUACACAAGGAAUCAUGCAAAUCGGCAUGAAAUUGGCGGAUAUAUUAAAAUACUGCCAUAUGCGCGGAUAUAUCCACACAGCAAUCAGUUCGCGUUGCGUUUACUUUACAUCUAACAACAAUGUUAAACUUGGUGGAUGGGAAAUGGCUGUAGAAGUGGGAAUCCCUUAUCAAUUUCGCGAAUACGAAAAAUAUUUGCGACUAGAAAACUUGAAGUGGGAACCACCGGGAACUUGUUAUGGAGAAUAUCAUAAUAAAAAAAUUGAUGUUUAUAGCUUGAUGUUGUUAAUAUGGGAAAUGUGCACAGGAUGUGUACCACGAAGCGGGUAUAAUCGUCCAAAUGUAAAACGACAUUACAUGAUACGGAACCGUGAUGUUAUCGUAAGCUUGCAAAAUGUCCCACCGAUUCUCCAUGAUUUAUUAGAAACUGGAUUGCACCCAGAUGAGACGAAAAUGACGUUGGACAUGGAAAAAAUAGGAAGGAGACUUCAUAGGCUACUAAUGAUACAUGAAGAAGAAAAGAAUAGCACAUAUAUGAGUAAACGCACAGACAACAGUAAUGAUCUUUUGUAUAAUGAUAAUAAUGCAUUAUAUAAAAAGACUUUUGAUGUAACAUCUAUACAAAAUAAGGCGUUGAUUAGAAGACCAUCUACCAAAUCAUCGCAUUGCCCCAUAGAGAAAAAAUCUUCUUCCAAUCAAUUUCUCAAGUUUAGGAAAAAACAAUACAGUGAUGAUUUGGAUUCCCAAAAUAAUGUCGAAAAAACAGACGCAUCUGUAAUCGAUGAUAGUAUUGUGAGUUCUAUGAUUAAAGUAAGAAAUACGACUUCUUGCACUCGUUGUGCCGAGAUUACAGAUAUGAUGUACAAUAUGGAUGAGGUAAAUGAUGCACGAGCUAAUAUAAAACGAUUAAAAGAACUAAUAGCCAGUAAAAGAGAAGAUUUCUUCUCUGGAAACGAUUCAAUGUUAUCUUCUUAUUCAAAUCCAAAAGCUACAAGCACAUUAAUCUCAGAAGAAAGAAGUCCCAACUGUAUAACAUGUAAACCAGCUAGUCAUUCAACUACUAUAGAACCUAAAUGUUAUAAAUCACCAAAUGAAUAUAAUGGGACUAUUCCAAAAUCGUCAUACUCAUAUCAACGAAAGACGCCAUAUCCAAGCAUGCCUGCGAGCAUUAAGCAUGCAAUAAUACAACCUCGGGUUUUGCAUCCUGAUGCUAAAAGUUUUUACGAAUCCACAUUAUGGAGAAAAGAAAAAGAGAUUUGUUUAUCACGAAUGGCACGCGACAGUAAAGAGCAGACAGAAGAUUUAUCAUCGCUACAACAAUCAAGUUAUAAUGAUACUCCUAUCACUGAUGAUGAUAAAGCACAAUAUUCCAAAACAGAUUUGAUAAAUACUGAUGCUACAUAUACCAUUGAGUUUAAGGAAAAAGAUAACAAAGAAUCAUCCUUAAAAGAUAUGAAAAAUGAUUAUGUAUCAACAAAGCUUUCACCUUUUUCAAAUAAAUCCAUACAAGAUCUGAAGGAUGCCCUUGAUCGUGCCACAGAAAUAGUGCACUCAGUAACACCAUCAAAAAUUUGUAAUUCUAAGCUCAAUUGGGCUAAUACACAAGAAUUCAAAACAGUAUUAAAAGAUUUAUAUGAAACAACACAUGAUAACAACCAAAAGAUCACAGUUACUGAAAGAUGGACGCCUGACAACAACAAUUUCGCAGAAAUAAAUGAAGUUAGAGAUACAGAAAGUAGCAUUGAAUCCUUCUUAAGACAUGAAGAAAUUUUCAAUCAAGCUUUCAUAAAUGAAACAUCUAGUUCUGCAACCAUGAAAACAUCAAACAAAUCUCCAAUGUUAACGCUGGAGCAAUCGAUCAACUUGCAAAAAACGGAUAAAAAUAAUAUAGCCUUUACAAAUAAGAUUAUGUCAAAUUUGCAACAAAACGGAGUAGAUUUUAAAACACAUAAGAUGGAAUAUGUCAAUAUAGAUACUAUCUCGAACAGUAUUGCAAUAAAAGAUUCACCGAGAAGACGUUCUCUACCCGCAAGGUUGAAUACUUUGACAAUAAUGUCUGUCCCAAAAAUUACUCACCAAACAAAUAUGCCAGUCAGUCAAUAUUUGACUGAGGAUAUAUAUAUUGACGAUGAAUUCGGUAGUAGAUUAAAUUAUAAUCUAGUUCUCUUGGAUGAUGAGUUACAUUUAUUAAAUACUACUUUAAAUGACAAUGAAAGUCUACCUCAGACUACAGAGUUAUAAAUUGUAUUAAACUCAACUUGUUUAUUCAUUCGCGCAUACAUUUAAAAAAUCGUCAUUCUUUUUAAAUAAUUUAUGGUUAUUUAUAUGCCAUUUUGAUAUCAGGACAAAUUUUUGUUUUAUACUGAUUUGAUGAUACAAUCUUAAUGCGAAGAAUAACACGAUUUACCUAUUUCUCAUCAUUUAUUUAUGUUUACAAGCGUAAGUAAUUUAAUGUUACAAAAUGUUUUUAGAGAACUGUGUAAUUAAAGAAAAAAGUUAAAGAUAAUUACUUUAUAUUAUUAAUAGAUAAAAGCAGACGGAGGUCAAGACAUAUGAUCUCAUUUAUACUCGUUUAAGUUUAUAUUUAAAUUGUCACCUAAAUAUUUGAAAAAAUAUAAAAAAAACGUAUUAUUAUAAACUUAUUUUACUGAACAAGUUCUUUAAGAACAUUUUAUAUACAAUUACAGAUUAUUUGUUGAAUACAUACAUACUUUAUUUUAUAUAACAUGCACAAUUAUCUUGUGCAAUAGUAAUAUAAGAAUUGUGAUUGAUAUCUUUUUGUAUUUAUUUCAUAAAAGUUACAAUGUAUAGAUAGAAAGAAUAUUA